AUGAGUGAGGACAGCGGCUUUCAUCAUUAUGACACUCGCAGCAGGCUGCCGAGACUUUUUGAAAACUCUGGCACGGAUCCUUGUCUGGACGCGGCGGGAGCACUCCUCGAGGACAAAUCCGACGACGAAACCGACGAUGAGUCUGGCUCAGAAAAUUACAUCCUGUCAAACGAUGACAGUGCGUGCACGGUGGAUUUCACGAGGGUGCCCAUGGAGAGCUCCCCCCCGUCCUUCGUUGCGCCCCCUGUACCCCCGCCGUCUGCCGCGAGCUCGUCGGCUGCUGAGAAUUCGUCGUCUCCUCCAAGCUCGCCCCCUUCUUCGCGUGGAAAGACCAAGCCUGUCCCUCGAACGCUGCCUAGAGCGACGCGUGAUAGAAGGAGAGCCGCCGACAAGCCUCCUCCUCUCUCCGACGAUGCAUUGGGGCCAUUCGCAUGCAAGCUCGAUCGAUCUACUCGAGACAAGGUCAGAAGCUCUGCGAAUGCGUUGCGUCGAGAGGAUGGGACCGUGUGUGAAUUGGACAUGGUCAACGUGUUCCUCUCGAUAGGCACCAUCAGAAACGCCUCAAAGUGGCAGUUGCUCGAAGAUUCUGAAAAAGAAAUUCAGAAGAUGCGCAAGGAACGAAUCGACCUGGAGCGGGUGAGGGAGCGUCAGCAGAAAGAAGUGGCCGAGGCCCGGCGCAAAGAGAGGCAGAGGUUUGCCAAUAAACGCAGGUACAAUCUCAUCAGGAACCGUGAGCCCAAACCGAGUUCAACACCACCACAAGACCAACAAGAUGCCUCGGAGUAG